CCCUCGCCUGCGCACGCCCCGAAUCCGGGGCUUAGCGUCGGGGCAGCUGCGCCGUACCUCGAGCCGCCGAUCCUGCUGCUCCCGGUGCCUGGCGCAGCCCGCCCGCCCGCCCUCCCCCGGCCUGGCCCGGCCCGGCCCGCGGAGCCCGCGCCGCAGACAUGGGAAAAUCACUUUCUCACCUGCCUAUGCAUACCUCCAAGGAAGAUGGCUAUGAUGGAGGCACCGUGUCUGAUAAUAUGAGGAAUGGGUUAAUUCACUCAGAGUCACACAGCGAAGACAACAGAUGUGGAGAUGUAUCACAGUUUCCCUAUGUGGAAUUUACAGGAAGAGACAGUGUCACCUGCCCAACUUGCCAGGGAACAGGAAGAAUUCCACGAGGGCAAGAAAAUCAGCUGGUAGCAUUAAUUCCAUACAGUGAUCAGAGACUGAGGCCAAGAAGAACAAAACUCUACGUGACUGCUUCUGUAAGUGUAUGUUUACUACUCUCUGGGCUGGCUGUGUUCUUCUUGUUUCCUCGCUCAAUCGACGUUGAAUACAUUGGUGUGAAGUCUGUGUAUGUCAACUAUGAACAGGAGAAACGUAUAAUAUACCUAAAUAUUACAAACACACUAAAUAUAACAAACAACAACUAUUAUUCUGUUGAAGUGGCAAAUAUCACAGCCCAAGUUCAGUUUUCAAAAACAGUUAUUGGCAAAGCACGGCUAAACAACAUCACCAACAUCAGUCCUCUGGAUAUGAAACAGAUUGACUAUAUGGUGCCCACAGUCAUACAAGAUGAAAUGAGCUACAUGUUUGACUUCUGUACUUUAGCAUCCAUCAAAGUGCAUAACAUCGUUGUGAUGAUGCAAGUGACAGUGACAACAUCUUACUUUGGCCACUCGGAGCAAAUAUCCCAGGAGAGAUACCAGUAUGUGGACUGUGGAGGAAACACAACCUACCAGCUGGGCCAGUCAGAAUAUUUAAAUGUACUUCAGCCUCCACAAUAAAAGCAGCUGUUGGUUAGUGUGGGAUGCCUGCUGCUGAUGCUUGUGGAGACCCUUUGAACAGGACUGGUGUUAGGUGACGGGGAGGGUAUGUGCAUGAAAAACAUUGCAAACAUGGUGACCUGUUUGCUUUAGAUGCAAGGAGGGAAAAGGUGCAAAAUGUAUAUAGAUGCACUUGUUAAAUGUUGUGUUUUCCCCUUCUGUUUGCUUUCUGUUACUGUAAGCACUUCUGUCAAGUUGUAUGGUGGGAGGGAGAGGGGGAAUAUCAGAUUCUUGACCUGAAUUGGGACCUUUCCUUACAGUGUGGUACAUCAACUUAGAGUAACUUUGUGUAUGUCUGUGUUUAGGUGAAAAGUGUCACUAAUAAGCAUUUUAGAAAAUACUCAUAAAAUUUUAAGUUUUUACUUCAAUUCUUGGUAUUUGACUGUUGAAACUGGCAGUAUUACUACUUACAUAACAAGAUUACUUUGAGGUAUCUGGGUGUGAAACUUGUAUUAGUAACCCAGUGGUGGUGGUUCUUUACUUUGGAAUUCUACUUUUAGUUUUCUAUACAUGAUCAGAGGAGACAUGCAGUCUGUGAAAGCCAGGAAAGUUCUCUUGGAUGAUACUCUACUUGAAUGUGCAAUUUCUAAAAUCUGGCAUCUUUUCAUAUUCCUUCCUGCUACUUCUGGGAUGUUAUAAGGAGAAUGCAUAUUGUUAGCUUAAAAUUGGAUUAAAAAAUAAACCAAAAAAACCAACCACCAGAAUCAUUACUGACAAGGAAAAAUGCAAGGCUAGAAAAUGAAUGGGUAAAGACCUUGACAAUGUCUUUCUGGUUUUUAGUAAACUUUUGAGUACAGCUAUUAAAAUCAAGAUUGAGGGGUUUGGAACUGGGUGGGAAACUGAGCAUGGGUUUGGGUAGCUUGAUGUAGAUUUUCAUCACUUUUAUUGUUUUAAUAUAUUGUGUAUCUAAGCUAUUUCUAAGUGUUAAUAUAUUGAGGUGUGUAUAUUUAGUGCACAGGCUCAGAAGGCAAUGCAUUAUUUCUCUGCAUAUCCAGAGCACUCACAGUUCACAUCAAAGUUAGGCAGAAUAAAGCAAUUCUUUCUGUAAGAGUAAAUGCUGAUGUAAUAAUGAGACUGACUUACAACAAAGCUAAAAAAUUAGUUUUAGUACAAUAGUUUGCACAGUGAGAAAUUUUGGGGUUAUUAUCAAACAUGGUGUUUGUAAAUUGUGGGCCCAAAGUUGCUCAACUUCUAAAAGCUGACUUUUCUAAGGGUUUGGUACAAAACUUUUUUAUUAAAUAGAUCAGGAUUAUUUCUGAAUUAGAUCAGAUGCAGCUGUAAGAAGGUACUAAUGAGACUGCCACAGUGUAAUGAGUAAAUUUUUUUUUUUUUUUGUUAAAUAUAUAUUGCAAGUUUUUAUGCUGCCCAUCUCCUGGAAAUAAGCUUUAUAAAAUGAAUUAGCAAUAAACAUUAUGGAAAAACACUGCUGAGUAACUUCUUGCUACUAACACUCUCUUAUGCUCCAGUACUUAGUGAAAAUACAUAUCUGUAUUAUUCUUUAUCAGCCUUUCUCAGGUGGACCUCAAUGGGUGUGAGGGGGAAAGAAUAUUGAUGAUUUAAGUUAUUUUAAGAACAAAAAAGACCCAAAUAAAACCUCCUCUCUUUGAAUUGCUGUGAGCAUUUAUUCUGAAUGUCUAUGAAAAAUUUUAGUACCUGAACUGCCAGUUUCGUGUAAUCAUAAGAAAGAAUUCAGCUUUUGGCUUUGGAGAACUUCUGGAAUUGGAAUAGUAAGUUCAGAUGACUUGUUACAUUUUGAAAAUUAUUCUUGAAUCUGGGCACUUAAAAGUAAACAUUCUUUAUUACAGCUUUCAAUCAUGAGGGAAUUUGAUCACAGUUGACUUUAGUUUUCCUAGAGCAUAGAAGAGGCUCAGUCCCGUGGCUGAUACAGUCUUAAAAGAUACAGGUGAUAACUGAAGACCAGAAUAGCAGAGAGGUAAAGUCUUCUGUUAUCCUUUGUAGAAAGAUCUGUUUAUAUUGGGAAGCAGGAAGAGAAUUCUGGUUUAAAUCAUGUCAGAUCUGAAAUCAACCAGCAAGUGAAAUUGUUUUUUUCUUCUAAGCCUAAGUAUUGACACCUAGUUGGUUAUGGUUCAUUGGGGUUUGUUGGGGUUUUUCAAGUAGAAAAAGAAAACAGCUCUAGGCAGGUAAUUAUGUGAAUUUGAAACUUUUUUUUUUUAGAGGUUAAAUUGUAAUCUGAAAUAACUGGAAUAGCACAAUGAUAAAAUUAUUUGGUGACAGUAGUGAGUGGUGUUUGAGCAAGCAUGUCAGGGAGUGUUUACACUGCUCAAACUGACUCAGACGGUGCUGAGAGUCAUACUGACCUUGGGAAGCAAGGUCACUUUGCUGAGCAAAAUGCAUACUGGAAUCUGUGGAUCCCCCGUUGCAUGAAAUGGCUAACUUGGCUAACAUAAAAUAGAAAAAAAGGAGUGGGAAUAUUCUUUCCAUGUAUGUAGCAGAAGGUGAAAGAUACAGCUUCUGAUGUCUGUCAUCUGGCAUAUCUAAUGGCUGUCAUCUGGCAUAUCUAAUGGCUGUCAACUUUACCACCACCAAUCUGUAGUAGAUUCAUUGAAUGAGUAAGAGUCCUUAUCAUAAAAAAAUAAUGGGUGGGGUAGAAAGCCUAUUGAUGAAUCCUCAAGUCAGUGACAGGAGAAUCAAAGACUUGUUUCAAAGUUGAAUCAAAGUUUGAAUGCUUAUGCUAGAAUGUCCUUGCAAAGCUGUCACCAUAGUACUAACUAAACAAGGCAAGUAUUUGAAUUUAACUAAUAAUUUUAAUGUAACAUCAGAUAAGCAGGUAAACACCUGUCAAAUUACUUAAUCUUGACUUGAUUUUGGUAGCUGAACUUGGAAACAUACUAAAAGGGUGCAAGGGAAGUCAGUAUUAACUUAUGUAACUUUGUAAACAAGCUAUCAGAAUAGAUACAAGUGACAGACCUGUAACUAUUUGGUACUUAAUUUUUAUCUUGAUUUUAAAAUAAAAAAUUACAAGCCUUUCCGUUCACUGUAAAUCAACAAGUGCAAUCAACAAGGUCAUCUUGAAGAAUUUUAGGGUUUUUUUCUGGUUUGUUUUUCCUAUGACAUAGUUUCUGAAGGACUUCUCAAGUUAUUCAGAUUUCACAUGUAACUUCCCCACUAUCUUCAAAUACUAUCAAAUACACAUAUACUGGCUCUCUACUGUUGUAAAUAAAUUUAUUUUACUUUUAGUAUCAUGUGAAUUCCUUGUAGCAUUUGCUGUACCAAAACCUGUUGCACUUUAAAAUGGAAGCUCUGUUAGCUGUUUCUUAAGUGAUCCAGAUGUUGCUGUGUUGCAUAACUGAAAAGCAAAACUUAAAGUAUUAUGUAUGGCAUAACUGAAAUUUUAAAAUUGUAGCUGAAGGAAAAUUAAUAUGAAAUGCCUAAAUGUGUAAAAAUGUUGGCUAUUUGGCCACUCUGACCUUGAGAACAGCAUUAUUUUACAUUUUAAGUAUGAAUAUUUAAAAGCAAAUGAAAGUAUUCAGGCCACCAGACUCAAAAGAUCUAACCAUCAACUAUCCAUUGGGAUAGAAUUAAAGGGAAGUGCUCUUACUAAAAGAUGUAGUACCUGACUAAAUGCUCUGGAGUUCCUUCCUGGUGUGAGGAGAAGUCUGUAGAAGCUAAUUGGUAAUUUGUUUACUCAUGGUGAUACUUAGGGACAGUCAUUUAGUUCUUAAUCUUUUGUGAAGACAAGCAUAACUAUCUUUUUCCUGUGUGGUAUAGCUUUGGAGUUCUUAAUGCAUUUCUGGUGUGUGCAUGGCCUUGAUAUUAACAUCCUGCUGUCUGUAUUUUGGAGCUGUAUGUUGACAGAGUAAAGUACAUGCCUCAGUUGACUUUGCUCCAAAUUGCCCUUGAAGUUCAGCAAGUGAAUAAAUUUUUUCAUUGUAGUACAUUACAAACAUGACUCUGGGCAUUUUAGGGUGUGUUGGGUGAAGCUGACCCUUUAAACACUGAACCUCUUAACUGCUUGGAUUCUAUUGUUAAGGUCUUUAAACAUCUGAAUAAAGUGUUGUACCCUCAGGAAGGAUAGUGCUUGGAGUAGUAUGUGGAAGAUUUCUAGGUUCACAAAAUGUCAAAGAAAAAAAUGUUAUUUCUUAUUCAGCAGUCAAAGCUUCCCUUUUUUUUCUUUUUUUAUUUUGUGGUGGUGAAGGGAUGGCUAGUUACGAUUUUGCAUUUCUUCCCACUCCCCAGAUCUGUAGUGGGACAUCUGACUUUUCACAGGCAGCAUCUUUAGAUACCAGUCCCAGAUUGUUUCAGAGUCGGGCAAGUAUGUGAAACUCUAACACCAGACUGGGCUUUGAGACUUAAGAGCUAAAUCAGACUACCAGUAAUACCUCUGAGAACUGAUAUUUAUUACUUGCCUAUCUAACAAAAUGCCACAACACUAGGAGUGCUUCCAGGCUUACUAUUACUUCUGAAAGGGAAGGGUAAGUAAUAUAAGUGCAACCAAUGUCCUUCAAUAGUGCACAGCUGCAACCAGCAGAAUGUUUGUUAAUGUUUGCCUGAUCAAGCCAAAAAAUCUAGAUUGGUUUGUUUUUUGGUUUUUUUUGUUGGCUUCAGGAAAGGAGGAAUAAAACCCGAGCCAAAACCCAAUCAAAAGGCUAAAAAAAAUAAUUUGUCUAUGGCAAAAACCUCACAUUUGUCUACUUGAGAAGUCACAUUCCUAUUUUAUCUUUAGCUGGAGAAUUCUGGUUGUUACAAGAGGAGUAGUUUGUUCUGCUGCCCUACAGCUUUUCUCACAUAAGCCUGGUUUUCAGCUGCUAGGCAGGCCUAUCAGACACAGGAGUUGUCUGCAAGAAGUCUAUACAAUUAAAGUUAGUGUUGGGCUCUGCAGCAUAGCAUGGGACUGUUGGGUGGCAGUAAUGUACUCACCCUUCUGCUGUCCUCUUCCAGUAGCCAGCAUAAGGGUCUUAUGACCUGGAUGCAUAUGUCUUUUGGGUGCUGAAACUGCUUUUCCUUGUCUGGGCAGAGAUGUCUGGUUCCAGACAAGCAAGUAUACUAUUGUUCCUGAAUCAUUUUGGGUCUGACUGUCAGUGAUUUGAUUAUUUUUUCUUUUGUUUUAGGAAGCAAACUUAACCACUGUUAACAUCCAUUGUACAGAGUGUGCAUAUAAUAGCCUGAGAUAUGUAUAGAAAUACUAAUGAGUGAUUACUAUUUUUGUAACUUAAAGAGUUGUAAGCUGUUGUUCUUGUAACUGUGUAGCAAACAAUCUAUCAACUUAAGCAUGAUAAACACUUAUAGGGGUAUUUGGGAAUGACUUGUAGGACACAGAAGCUGUCUUAAUGUAAGUUAACUGGGGCAAGGGAUCUUGUUAUUUAGAGGUUCAAAAUCUGGGGUUAGCUUCAUUAUGAAUACAUUUCUAGACAGGAUUGUUUGACUCAAAGAAUGAUAUUAAAUUUUCUAUUAAAAAAAA